AUGACGAUUUACAGAUCCAUAAAAACCCUAAUUUCAAAAAUCCCCAAUUCUUCUAACAAAUCAAGAUCCUUCUUUACAACAACAGCAACAACAAAUUCCACUAUAAUACAAUCACCAUUCGCUCCUUUACCCUACUACUACUCUCCUUCUUCUCCUCCUCCUCCAAAUCGAUUCCUCUCCAAAUGGAUAUUCCUAAGCGCACCGUUUCAAGGCCCUUUAUUUCUCUCUUUUCCGCCGUGGAAGCUUUUGCAGUCUUCCACACCGCUUUAUCUACGUGGAAACGCUAUUGUUUUGAGGAAAGUCGAGGCCUUUAAUUUACAUUUAUUAAAAAGCCGGGUCGGAUCAGGUUAUGUGGGUCAAGGCGUGUUGUUGAAUCGGGUUGACCCGGUAAAGGAGGAGGAGGCGGUGGAUGGUGCUGUUAAAGAUGGGAUUUUGGAGAGUUUUGUUAAUUUGCCUAAUUUUAUCUCUAUCAGCCGUUUGGUUUCUGGGCCUUUAAUUGGAUGGAUGAUUACAAAUGACAUGUAUUCUUCUGCAUUUGUGGCCUUGGCUAUUUCUGGUGCAAGUGACUGGCUAGAUGGAUAUGUCGCUAGGAAGAUGAGAAUUGAUUCUGUAGUGGGUUCCUAUCUUGAUCCGCUUGCUGAUAAGGUUCUUAUUGGAUCUGUUGCUUUGGCAAUGGUACAUAUGGAUCUUCUACACCCUGGACUUGUCGGACUGGUUGUGUUGCGAGAUGUUGCACUCGUCAGUGGAGCAGUUUAUCAUAGAGCUAGUAACUUGGGUUGGAGGUGGGCUAAUUGGUAUGAUUUCUUCAAUCUUGAUGGGACCCACCCAGAGAAGGUUGAACCUCUCUUCAUAAGUAAGGUUAAUACAGUUUUCCAGUUGGUUUUAGUUGCUGCAGCUCUCCUUCAACCGGAGUUUGGAACCCAGGAAACUCUACCAUACAUAACAUACUUGAGUUGGUUAGUGGCUGGCACAACAGUGGCUUCUACUGCUGCAUAUGGAGCAAAAUACUUGGGGAAUAGACCUGCAUUGCUUGCAAGGAAAUCAUAG